AUGAGCCCGCGACACACGUCCAUCGCCGAUGGCAGCGACACGAUGAGCCCUCCCAAUGACUCGGGUGGGAACGCAAAUGCGAACCAGAAGCGCAAGGGCGACGACGGGGCAGCGCAGCCACGGGCAAAGCGCAACCGCUACAUCAGCAUCGCGUGCAAUGAGUGCAAGCGGCGCAAGAUCAAGUGCAACGGGCAGACGCCCUGCCAGCGCUGCGGCAACCUCAGCCUCGAGUGCCAGUAUGCGCCCAACUGCUGCAACAACUUCAAGGAGAGCGACGAGUUCAAGCAGAUGUCGGCGCACAUUGCCUCGCUGCAGCAGCAGGUCGACGACCUCUUCCACAACCUCAGCGCCCUGCGCACCCACAUCGACGUCCACGGCCAUGCCAACGCCAACGCCGACGCCAACACCAACAUCAACACCAACGGCUCCAUUGGCACGCCCUGUACCCAGCACGAAUACUCGCCCAUGCUCCCCCCAUCUUCUGUGCGCUCGAGGACCAAGUCCUUCACCAAGUACCCCCGCUUCCACGGCCCUACAGCCAAUGCCUUCAACCUGGGCGUGGCGCGCUCGAGCCUCAAGACCAUGGGCAUCACCGCCGCCGACGACGCCGAAGACGAGGACGUCGCCACCAACGACCCUGCCCUGAGGGCAUCGCCCCCUUCCGCCCACGCCUUCAUACCCAACGCCCCUCUACACGCAGACAAGGACCCCAUAUGGUCCAUCUCCAAGCAAGAGGCGCUCAGACUGGUGCAUGUCUGGCAUGAAGAGCAGGGCAUCAUGUACCCCAUCCUGGACAUGGACAAGGUGCUGCGCUACGCCGAGAUGCUGUUCUCUUUUGUCGAAGCAGCUGCACGGUCGGGUCUGAUGCAGGGUGGCCUGCCCGGCGCCGACGCAAUCAUGGACAAUCAGACGAGCGUGUUGAAGCUGGUGCUCGCCAUAACCCUGGUCAUGGAAGGAGGCGGGAAAGACGCCUUGGGGGAGAGGCUGUUCGAGAACGUGCAAAAGGUCAUCGAGCGCAUAUUGUCUGAGCCCGUGAGCCUGCAGAGCAUCAGUCUCUUGACGCUGGCGGGUAUGUACCACUUCACGCGCGACGACGAAGGUUUGGCCUGGCGCAUGAUUGGUCUCGCAGCUCGACACUGUCUCGAACUCGGACUCCACCGCCGCGAGACGUACGCCACCCAGUUCCCAGAUCCAGAUGAGCAGGCAUCAGCCAUACGCAUUUUUUGGUCCGUCUACAUCCUCGAUCGAAGAUGGAGUCUGGGAACCGGCAUGCCUUUUGCCCUGCAAGACGCGGAUCUGGAUCACAACCUGCCGAAGCCUGACGUGUCCACACACACAUCAACCCCCUAUCUAAAUGCCAUGAUAUCCUACUCGGCCAUUGGCAGCAAAGUCUGGAAGUCCGUCGCCAGCACCUCGGAUGCCGCCUCACCCUCGGAUGACAAGAUCUGCAAAGAAGAUAUAUCCUUCCUCGACUUCCAAGUCCUCAACUGGCACCGUUCCAUCCCAGAACCGCUCAAAUUCAAGCACCCGGACUCGCAAAUACACCACUCAGCCUCCGAACCCCCUCUCCGCGUCCUGCACCGCCUGCAAAUUCUGCUCUACCUGCGCGCGAAUCAAAUGCGCAUCCUCAUUUACCGCCCAGUCCUGCACACAGCCACCACGAUACUGAGCCACCUCGACUUUGCACACAUUGUGGUCAAGGUAGCUAAAGACACGAUCCGUAUCUUGACUUUUGUCAACCAAACCUCGGACAUCUACCGAUGCCAACAAACAAUGUUCAACUACUUCCUCAUCAGCGCCCUCGCCGUCCUCUUCCUUGCCGUUGCCCACGCCCCUGCCGAAUUCUCCUCGCAAUGCCGCGAUGAAUUCUACAUGGCACUUGACCUGGUACGCGGCCUCAGCGGCGCCUCACACGUCAGCAAACGUCUAUGGCGCACAGUGCGCACGCUGAAAGAAGUCGGGCCUCGGCUGGGUCUUGUUUCGCACGAGCAGUUGCUGCUACACAAUGACGAGCACUCAGACGCCGCGGUUGCCAUGGCGGGGCUUGCUGGCCACCCGGUCGACGGAAUGGCGCUGUACAACCAGCGCCCUGGACACGCGGGUGCGAGUGCGAAUCCAAACACGCUUGCAAACGGAGGCCACACGCACACGCACCCCGCCGCCCUCGACACCCCGCACGGCAUGGCGCUGGAUCUGACCACACUCUUCGAAGCCGCGGGCAGUACUUUCAAUCUGAAUGGCUUCGAUGGCGGCAUGAGCCCUGGCUUGCGGAAUGGCGAUCCUGCGUAUGAGACUUCACCUCAGAGUCAAAACCCGAAUCAAAAUUCACAUGGCCAGGAAAACGACGAGCUGGCGCGGAUCAUGCAGGAUUUGUUCUGA